UGCAUUUGAACGCGUUCAAUUUGCGUUCAGAAAAAAUGAACUGAACUCAGUGAGCUGUUGAAAAGAUCGCGCGUUCAGUUCAGAAAAAGGAUCUUGAAGCAGGCUUUGAACGCUCACAAAACGAACAAUGAUCAUUUUCAAGACGUUAUUUGAAGGUAGCUUGUCAAAUCAGAUUUAAUCUUUCAACGGAGUUCCUCUGCUCAAAUUUCAAACCUCGAACUACCCAACGUUUUUCAAUGGUAGGUUAUUACGUGUUACAGCUUUAAAGCUGAAUUAAUGGUAAUUUCCAACAUACAUAUUAGGAAUCGAAAAAUAAAAUAACUCCAGUAAAGCGCAAGCUUCCUCCGAAGGAAUCUACCGCUAUUAUUUCAAGUCAGUUUGAUGAUCUCCUUGUUCCUCCGGCUAAAUGCAAGAUAUGCAAAAAGCAACUCAUGUCCACGAAAAAAAGCAACCUGAAGCGUCAUUUAAAGGAUAAUCAUCCAAAGCAGUUUUUUGAGCUGGGGCUUGAUCCUGAUGAAGAAACCUUGGAUGACAGCGGACCAUCACCCAAGAAAAUGGUCAAAUAUCAGUUGAAAUCGAUACAAAUUUUUUCACAAGAGCCUGCGUGAAGAUGGUAACAUCAGGUGGUUUGCCGCUGUCCGUUUUCGAAAAACCUGGCAUUUGUGAAAUUCUGGCCAAAAUUCAGGAUGCUCUAAAGAUAAAGCUAAACCGAAAUAAUAUGCCGUCAAAAGUAAAAUAUACCGCAGAUCAAAUCAAGAAACGUAUUACAGAAGAUCUUAAAAACAAGUUCGUAUGCAUCAAGUUGGACUCAGCUACAAGAAAAAGCCGAAGCAUCUUGGGUGUCAAUGCUCAAUAUUUAAAGGACACCAAAAUGACGGUAAGGACUUUAGGAAUGAUCGAUAUCAAAGUUGCGCAGACGGCCGAAAACAUUCGUCAGGAGGUGCAGACUGUUUUGAAAAAUGACAAAACAUUAAAAAUUGGAGCGAAAAUGUGGAAAUUUAUUGAAGAUUUCUCAAAGGCUUUCAAACCAGUUCAUUUGGCUACGAAAAAACUUCAGAGUGAAGCAAUAACCAUGGGUGAUUUCUACUUCGUUUGGUUGACAUGUUGCCUUGAGCUUGAAGACGUGGAUUCACCUUUGGCGAGAAACAUACUUCAAGCGAUGGAGAAACGAAAGUCCAAGCUUUUUGAUAACAAUGCAUUUCUGGCAGCAAUUUAUUUGGAUCCUCGGAUAAACUACAGAGGAAGUGAGCUGAUUACACAAGAACAGAGGGCUACUGCAAAGAAGCAUUUGCUUAACGUAUGGGAAAAGAUCAAACAUCGAUUUGCAAGAAAGCCUAACGAAGAGAAACAGAAAUUGUCACCAGAUCAAACAACAACCUCGAAAAUCGAACAGAUGUUACGUGCAAAGGAAUCUGCAGAGGACUUAUCACAAAGAAGUUUCGAGCAAAAACUGGAAAUGCUGUGCACCCAGGCUCGAGUUUCAUCCGAUACCAAUGUUCUUUCGUACUGGAAAAUGAUGCGAUCGGCUGGGCCAGAACUUUACGAACUAUCACAAAUGGUUCUAGCUGCUCCAUGCACUCAGGUGUCGGUUGAAAGGUCGUUUAGUGCCCUUAGUGUCAUUCUCACUGAUAGAAGGCUCCGUAUUUCAGACGAAAAUUUGGCAAACAUAUUAUUUGUUAAGUUGAAUGACGAUUUGUUCAAUUGUGUUAUCUUAGAAUAUGCAUAGUAGAUAAAAUAUGUAUAAUAUCUCGUUACAUUUAUAUCACCCACGCCAUUGUAGUUUUUGGAUGGUUAAGGCAUCAUUACAUUGUUACUUUUAAAUAAAUUAAUUCAACCUAUCGUGAAAAACUUUUUUAUUGCUUAUAUUAGGUGUGACACAAUUAAAAAAAUCCAAAUUGAAAAAAGUUAACCACAAUUGUGUAUAUUACCUUGCGACGGAAAAAUUGUUUUAGAUUGUGAAUUUAAAAAAUAUCAAUAUGGUUUUAUGACCUUGUCUAAUAUUUGAUACACAGCACAGUUUUUGUCACGCAGCUACAUAGAAAGUUUGGCCACAUGUGUACCGAUUCUAAUUUUCAUUUUAUUCCGCAAUGUCUCGCCCAAUUUUCAACGGAACGGCUUGAUUUUUUUAUACGGAAUUAAUACUAUGUCCUACGUUGUAUGUAUGUAGUAGAUAUGCUUCACCGCUUAUCAUUAUUAUGUAACUUUAUUACAAAUCAUAAGCUACAUUGCAAUUGACAUACUCAAGAUCCUACUGUAUGCUUUUAAAUUAUCAUGAACAGUAUGUACCAAGUUUUACAGCUGCAUCUCGGAUAAUUAAGAAACACAACACGCCAGUAAAUUACGUAGCUCCGUUGUUUCAUCAUACAGGAUAACACUAAACGGAAUUCCGACCAUUUAAGGCUUUAUGGUGAAAAUUUGAAGAGUCCAUGUUUAACCAAGUUAAAACCGAUGAAACUGGCUAGUUUUAGAUAUAUAUAUAUAUUCAGUUGAAUAUCAGUCGAAGAUUUUGAACGCGUUCAAAUUUUAGAACUGAACUGAGAGUUCAUGAGCCGUUGAAAUGUUUUGAACGAUGAUCCAUGAUUGCUGUGAUCAAGUUCAGUUUUAAUGAACAAUUAGCAUGCUUAUCUGCUCUCGUUCCGUUCAAAUGCA